AAUUUGUUUAAUUAACAUAAAUUUAUCAUUUCUUUAUAAAAAUAUUCUUAAGCUUAAAAGGGAAAGUGGGGUCUCGCGUGGGUCCAAAAUCAUAAAUGAGUAGCUUAUGUGACUAUGAAUUUGGUGAUACAUAGAUAAAUAGAUAGAGAUAAUGGUGUAGUAUUCGAUUUUGAGGUUGGCCCUCAAUUGUGAACUUCCAAAUUGAGAAUGGGAAUUUUAUCAUUUCUCUCACUUCCACCAAUUUGUGCUGCCUCCGUCUAUGCUUCUCCAAGUGAAUUGAUAUGUUUCAAUUCAAAAUAGUUUCUCCUAAAAAAAAGUUAUCAUGCUUCUUGAGAAGCGUUUCUCUUAACAAUUUGCUUCAAGCCCCACAUGAAUCCAGGUGCAUGGAGGAUGCAAAGAGCUUCAACAACAAAAUUUCUACAUUAAUAGUGAAAAGAUGUUAUUCAAGAAGGCUGAUUCUUCAGUUUUUGAGUAUUAACCACAUGUUAUGUUAUGCUUAUCCUGCUUUGGCUGCACCAAUUAUGCCAGACAUGAAUGAACCAGAAGUCAUACGGACUUUGAAGCUAGCCAGUGGAGUGAGAAUUCAAGAUAUUAUUGAAGGGGAAGGACCAGAAGCACAUGAUGGAGAUUUGGUUGAAUUCAAUUAUGUAUGCAGGCGUGCAAAUGGAUACUUUGUUUUCAGCACAGUAGACCAAUUCAGUGGAGAAAGUAAUCCUGUUAUACUUCCUCUGGAUGAGAACCAGAUGAUAAUGGGCUUAAAGGAGGUCCUGACUGGCAUGAGAGUUGGUGGAAAAAGAAGAGCAUUGAUUCCACCUGCAGUAGGAUAUGUAAAUGAGAACUUGAAGCCAAUACCUGAAGAGUCUUCUUUCUCAUGCUCAAGAGCCUUUGGUAUUCGAAGUUCAAGUCUUGAAAAUUUUGAGUGCUCCAAACCCAUCUGAAUUUAAGUAAAUUGGUUUUUAUUUUCUCUGUGUCAAAUGGAAUUCAUUGUUUUAUUUUGUGAAAUGCUAUGUAGUCUUGAUCUCCUAAGGCCAUUGUGACAAAACAAUGAAUAUUUCUUGAAGAAAUGAAAGGGUAGAUUAGAAGAGAGUUGUGUUAGAUAGGAUGGAAAUUGGAAAAAGGUUUGAAGAAGGUUGAUAUUUAUGUGUAAUAUGUAAUGUAAAAACAGGAUACACACUCGUGGGUACAUUAUUUUCAGAAAUCACCUCGAGUGUUUGUUGAAAUGUCCCUUAAAAGUCAUUGUAAAAUUUAUAUAGAGUAAAGAUCCAAUGUCAGUGACAUCAAUCUCAACA